CUCGUGAAAUUUUGUUCUUUGGGCCGCUCGGGAAUUUCACUCGCCCUAAAAAAGGAAACUUGAUUCCUUCUCGACGACGCGUACUCUGAAAGCCUCUCCUUUUGAAUAAACUCACUCGCCCGUGAGCACAAAGAGACGCUCACCUCCUCUCGUAUUGCUUGUCCAUCCAAUUAUUAAUCGAUGGUAACUUUGAGUCCGUUCAGUGUAUCAUCUGCGCCGUACGUGGAGUGGGGGGUGCGUACUGAUCCCAGCUUUUAUAAAAGUUCCACUUUUGCUUUCGGAAAACAUAAGUAGCUCAUCAACUCUUCUUGAUGUUGCCCUGUGCGAAUGCUGAGAAUUAAACUGUCAAAAUUUCUUGUCUAUCAGCGCAGCGGAUAAGAACGUGGUUGGAAGUUCUGGUCAGUUUCUUCUAUAGCGAUCCUUGCUUUUUAGGAGGAUUUCGGUGUGCAUUUGAGGUUUUAAUUGUUUAUUGUAAAUCGAGGCAUUGGCAUGAUGAUGCGCCACCCGGAAGCUUCAAAAUCAGGAGGUAAAACAAUUCAGGUUUCUGGUUUCCCUCUUAAUACCACGGCUCUUCAAGUAACAGAGUUUUUGGAGAAAUUUACGGGAGAGGGAUCUGUGUUUGCAUUGAAGCUUCGACAUCCCAAAAUUAUAAAAGCGACGUCAAAAGCAUUUGCUAUUGUGCAGUUUGUAAGCAGCGCGGGAGCUAUAGAUAUAAAAAAUAUGAUUUGUCUGCGGCGCUUGUGGUUUCAAGGCUAUUACUUGACAUCUAAAGAUGUUGAUCAUGACAUAGUACCCAAGCCUAGUACUUCGUCACAUGUUAUGGAGGAUGUUAUAGUGCAUUUUGGUUGCCAAAUUGCUGAAAAUAAGUUAUAUAUUCUCUGGACAGUGAAGGAUGUCAGAAUUGAGUUCGGAUUUAACUUGAGGAAGAUAUGCCUUUUCAUAUCAUAUAAAGAUUGCUUAUAUAAGCUUGAACUUUUUUAUGAAAGCAUUUGGGAGAUCCAGCUAUGCCAUUCUGUUACUCAACGUUGCCAGUUUCUCCAAAUCCAGGUCCAAGCUGCUCCAAAAGUUUAUGUGAUGCCUCCACAAAAUUCCUAUGCUAUGCAUGAAGGUCCAGAUUUUAAUUAUUUCAAGCAUUCUACUGAUGACCAGUGGAUAAGAACAACAGAUUUCACUCCAUCAUGUAGCAUUGGGCAAUCUUCAACAAUUUGUUUACAACUACCCUAUCAGUAUGAUCUUCCAAACAUAAAGGAUAACUUUGUUUACUUCCGAGAAGAUUAUUGUCAUCUUGAUUUGGUGAAAGGCUCUUCAUACUCGUAUGAUUUAGGUCUUGUGCCUAUUGUGAGACCUCCCCAUGGUUUCAGAGUUCCAUAUAAAAUUCUCUUUAAGAUUAAUCAUUUAGUGCAAAAUGGAACACUCAUUGGGCCAACUCUCGAUGAAAACUUUUUCAAGUUGGUCAAUCCUUCUUCUGUAGACAAUGAUUUGGUUGAAAGGGCCUUAGAAAAGAUGUCAUAUUUGAAAAGUUCUUGUUUUCGCCCUGCUAAAUGGCUUCAAGAGCAGUAUGGAAAACUCCAAAGAUUAAAAAAUCGUUCAAUCUCAGCUUCUAUUUCAUUGGAUGAUGGCUUGGUAUACGUUCACAGAGUUCAAGUAACACCUACAAAAGUGUACUUCUAUGGACCUGAAAUCAAUGUUUCAAACCGUGUGGUGCGUAAUUACACUGAAGAAAUUAAUAACUUUAUAAGGGUCUCCUUUGUUGAUGAGGAUGAAGAAAAAAUGCGUUCAAUUGAUUUAUUGUCUCGUUCUGGAGGUGCUAGCAGCAGUAGGCGUACCGAAAUCUAUCAGAGGAUAUUGUCAACACUUAGAAAUGGUAUAACCAUUGGUGAUAAGAAAUUUGAAUUCCUUGCUUUCUCAGCUAGCCAAUUGAGGGAAAAUUCUGCCUGGAUGUUUGCUUCAAGCAAUGGUGUAACAGCUGCUGGCAUCAGAAAUUGGAUGGGAAAUUUUAGCAGAAUAAGAAAUGUUGCUAAAUAUGCUGCCAGGUUGGGCCAAUCUUUUGGCAGCUCCACAGAAACUUUAACUGUUAGUAGAGAUGAGGUUGAAUUUAUUCGGGACAUUGAAAAUUCAGCGGGCUACAUCUUUUCCGAUGGCAUAGGUAAGAUUUCCUCCAAGUUUGCUAGAAGAGUAGCUAUAAAAUGUGGCUUAAAAAGUUCAACACCUUCAGCAUUCCAGAUAAGGUAUGGUGGUUACAAAGGCGUUGUGGCUGUUGAUCCAAUGUCAGUUAGAAAGUUAUCCCUGCGGGAUAGCAUGUGUAAGUAUGAAUCUGAAAACAUUAAAUUGGAUGUCCUUGCAUAUAGCAAAUAUCAACCUUGCUUUCUCAAUAGACAGUUGAUAACUCUUCUUUCUACUCUUGGAGUUCGUGAUAAUGUUUUUGAGAAGAAGCAAGAUGAGGUUGUUAAUCAAUUGGAUGAUAUUUUAAGUGAUGCUGAUAGUGCAAAGGUGGCCAUUGAGAUAAUGGCACCUGGAGAAAUAACCAAUGUUUUGAAGGAAAUGCUAAUGUGUGGUUAUAAACCGGAUGCAGAGCCAUUCCUUUCAAUGAUGUUACAGACAUAUAGGGCCUCAAAAUUGUUUGAAUUGAGAACUAAAUCGAGGAUAUAUGUUCCAAAAGGCAGAGCAAUGAUGGGAUGCUUGGAUGAAACUAGGAUAUUGGAGUAUGGUGAAGUUUUUGUUCAGGUUUCGUACAUUGGAAACACAUUGUAUCAUCUUAAUGGCCUUCAUACAUUCCCUGCGAGGGAAACUGAUCAACGUACUGUGGUGGUGAAAGGGAAAGUUGUUGUCGCUAAAAACCCAUGCCUUCAUCCUGGUGAUGUCCGCAUUUUGAGUGCUGUUGAUGUCCCAGAUCUUUAUCACAUGGUUGACUGUGUUGUUUUUCCUCAGAAAGGUGAAAGGCCACACCCAAAUGAGUGUUCAGGAAGUGACUUGGAUGGAGAUAUAUACUUUGUCUGUUGGGACCCGGAGCUUAUUCCGCCUCGUCAAGCUUCACCUAUGGAAUAUACAGCUGCCCCAUCUGAAACUCUUGAUCAUGAUGUUCAAAUUGAGGAAGUCCAGGAGUACUUCACAAAUUACAUCAUCAAUGACAGUUUAGGUGUCAUUUCAAAUGCUCACACGGUCUUCGCUGACAGAGAACCUAUGAUGGCACAUAGCCCGCCUUGCAUCGAGCUCGCAGAACUCUUCUCUAUUGCUGUGGACUUCCCCAAGACUGGCGUUCCAGCUGAAAUUCCUCCUCAUCUUUAUGUCAAGGAGUACCCUGACUUCAUGGAAAAGCCUGACAAAGCAACCUACAUUUCAAAGGGAGUGAUUGGGAAGCUCUUUAGGGCGGUGAAGGACCAUUUGCCCCCAGGGUACCUUAUAAAAUCCUUCGCAAAGGAGGUAGCAAAAAGGUCCUAUGACCCAGACAUGGAGGUUGAUGGCUUCAUGGAUUAUAUUGAUGAUGCCAUAUUUUUCAAGGAAAACUAUGAUUUCAAGCUCGGAAAUCUGAUGGAACACUACGGCAUGAUGAAUGAAGCGGAACUCCUUACUGGGAACUUGAUGAAGGUGUCCAGGAAGUUCAACAAGUACAGAGAUGGUGAAGCAGUCAGACUAGCUGUGAAGUCCUUGAGGAAAGAAGUAAGGUCAUGGCUUGAUGAAGACAAUGAUGGGGGCAAGAGUGCAGCUUCAUAUGCGAAGGCAUCAGCUUGUUAUCAUGUGACAUAUCACGAGGAUUAUUGGGGAACAUAUAAUGAAGGUUUAAAGAGGCUUCAUUUUAUUAGCUUUCCGUGGUGUGCAUAUGAUAAGCUCAUUACUAUAAAAAAGCAGAACAUGACUAGAAGGAGAGUUGCUUGUCUCGAAGAAGAGCGUCUGAGCCACCAAAUGGAGCAAAGAUUGAGAUUCUUAUAAUGUUAAAGAAAUGUGGGUGUAUAUAGCAAUAUGCUAGACUUUCUAUAUUUAUGCGUUUAGUUUCUGAAACCUUUGAAACAAUUUGAGCUUAUUUAUGUUAGAAACUCAAGUAUUUGCAUGCAAUGUUUUGUUUGUGUAUUUGAUUUGAAGGCAGUGAAGUAAACUUCACUUUUUGUUCAAAUGUACUGUAAACUAAAUGCUUUCAAUCUGAAAAUAUCUAUUUAGCAGAGUUAAACUUUGGAUA